CCUAUUGCACAAAUAAAUUCCACAUAUUUUUAUUCCUUCAUUCCCUCUUCUAUACAAAGCAUCUUCUUUAGGACUUUCACCAUUUUUCACCAUCACCAUGGUUCCAGAAUUAGAGAAACCAAAAGUCACCGAAAUACAAGUCCGAAUGGACUGUAACGGGUGCGUGCAGAAAAUCAAGAAAGCUCUACACGGUAUCAACGGUAUAUAUGAUAUCUAUAUCGACAUCCCACAACAGAAAUUAACCAUAAUCGGGUGGGCUGAUCCGGAAAAGAUAGUAAAAGCGAUUAAGAAAACGAGAAAAACCGCAACCAUAUGUUCUCAUACAGCGCCAGAGGAGUCAGAGCCGCCACCGGAAGACGGAGGCCCUGCAAACCCUCCGGGAGAAGAAGCUCCGCCAGCGGAACAGACUCAGGCAACCGAACCGGAAAACCCACCUCCGGAUGGUGGAGGAGCACCUCAACCUACGGAACCUCCGGCGAAUGAGCCGCCACGUUAUGUCGGAUCGGAGUUAGAAGAGGUUCAUGUUGUGUAUCGUUAUCCACCGGACGCUCGUUACUCCAGCGGCCAUGGUGGGUUAGGGUUCAACCACGAGCCGCCACAACCGGUUCAUGUGAACCAUAGUUAUAACAUGUAUAAGCCGACACCUUAUGUCACCGAAUAUGAAUACAUCCGUCCACCGCCGCCACGAUACACCUCUUACAGUUGGCCGGAACCACCACCGCGAUACACACAUUACAGCCGCCCAGAACUGCCGCCACAGCUUUACAGCCGCCCGGAACCACCACAACUUUACAGUCGUCCCGAACCACCACAACAAUUUUACAGCCGUCCCGAACCACCAUCACAACAUUACAGCCACCGAGAGCCACCACCAGAAACCUACAGCCGCCCAGAGCCACCUCUACAAACCAACCACCGUCCAGAACCACCACGACAAUAUAAUGGCCGUCCAGAGCCACCACCAGAAACUUACAGCCGCGCAGAGCCACCACCACAACCAUACGGCCGCCCAAAGCCACCACUGCAACAUGACAGCCGGCCGGAGCUACCACCACAGAAUUACGGGAGGCCAGAGCAUCUACAACAUUACAGCCAACCAGAGCCGCCACAACAAUACAUACAUCACAACCGCCAGGAACCACCACAACCCUACUCAAGCUACCACCAUCCAGGAUCACCACCGCCACCUCUCCGCCACAGUAGAUCUGAGCCACCACCUCUACAGACAUACUAUGGCAGACUUGAACCACCACACUAUAUGGACUACAGUGAUGAGAUCACAUCACCUUACGGGGAAGAAGAUCCAAUUAAUGGAUGUACAAUUGUCUGAAAAAUGAGGCUUCUAGAAAGAGAUUAAUUAAUCAAUCUAUCGAUUAAAACCAGUCAAAUUAAAAGUGUUCCCAUGGAAGCAUGUGAUGUUGAAGGAGAAGAACAAGAUUCCUAGCUUGUUAAGUGCAUGAGGAAUAUGUUCUUAAUUCCUCUUGAGGAUCAGGGAGAUGUCUACUCAUCUUUUUGUUAUCUCAAAAAGAGACUUCAAUGUAUUUUGAAACGAAUUACAAAAUUUUAGACGUAACUAGAGGAUAUAUGAUAAAAAAAAAAAUUUAUGUAUGUACACUUUUAGAAAGGAUUAAAACGAUGUAAUUAGUUUCGAAAUCGAAUAUAUGAC